UUGAUUGUCAUAGACCCACCAUGGCCAAACAAAAGUGUUCAUAGAUCGUCCAACUAUGAAACACAAGAUAUCUAUGAUUUAUUUACCAUUCCAAUGAAGGACUUGAUAAAUGAGGAUAGCGUAGUAGCCGUGUGGGUUACAAAUAAACCCAAAUUUAGAAAGUUUAUUAUCCACAAACUCUUUCCUGCUUGGGAACUUGAAUGUAAAGCGGAAUGGGUAUGGCUGAAAGUAACAACAGAAGGUCAAUGUAUUUUCCCACUUGAUUCUAGUCAUAAGAAACCAUACGAACAACUGAUCAUUGGUCAUCGUCAAAAGGCAAGCGACUUACCUUCAAGACAUGUUAUCGUCAGUGUUCCCAGCCUUAGACAUUCAAGAAAACCGCCAUUACAGGAUGUUAUUUUGCCUUAUUUGAAAAACAGGGAAAGACCUGUUUGUGUAGAGAUGUUUGCUCGCUGUUUGACACCUGGAUGGAUCAGUUGGGGAAAUGAGUGCCUAAAGUUUCAACACACAGAGUACUUUGAAAAGAAAGCGUCUUGA